GUUAAGUUUGCAGGUCAAAACAACAUACGCGAUCGCCUAUUCCGUAAUAAUAAUUCUUUGGAUUAAUUAUUGUUAAAAACUGAAGUAAGUUACCUAGAAUCGUAUCGUUACAUAUUCAGUAUCGUUUUAAUCAUUGGGAAGUAUGUAUACGUAAAUAAAGCCUGUUAACCUUACUUUUGGGAAAGUCAACAGACUCGUGAGCACAUUGUGAUUUUACAUUUAAUUUCACAAGUAUGAUCUACUUUUAUGAAUUUGAUUUAGAAAUCAUAUGUAGUUUUAUUUGAGGAUGUUUUAGUUUAUCUCGGUUAAUUAAUUAACAAUUAAGAGCAAUGUGUAUAAGUGAAGUGAAGUGUCAAACUAGAAAAUAUUUUGGAGAGAAGUCGCGGUUCUUUCACAAACAAAUAAAAUUUUAAUUGAGUUAAGGACAAAUUAUGUGCAAUUUGCUCAAUUUAGCAAUGGAGAGUAAAGUAACUAGUAAGACUAGCAGUUUAAAAGCUUUGCUAUUGAGAGCAUGGCGGGAACGAUGGAGUGACCUGCAAUGGGGUAUCAAUAUCAAAACGAUUUUACCAAGGGGUGUUAGUGGAGAUGUACACAAUUUGGCAGACUGCAUUCUGCAACAAGCUUUAGUAGGACCUGGACCAAAUGAGUUGGUGCUUUCUUACCUCAAACAUUCACUUUGUUCACAGUUGGUAUCCUAUGCAGCUGUAUUGCAAAGGAUUAGCAAAUAUGACGCUUUCCAUAAGCCACAUUGUAUAGUUAGUUUAUUAGAAUUUCUGGAAAUGAUUCAUGUCGGUAUUACAUGUCGAGGAAAACCAGAAGAAGACCUCUUGGCUGCAGCCUGUCUUUCAAUUGUUCAUUGGUUGCUGCAAUGUUAUCAUUAUGCUUUGACUAAAGCACCACAAGGUAAUCCAUUGGCUCCUCAACCUGCAGAAUUAAUGGACAAACCAGCACAUUUGUUGAAAGAACUUUUAGCAUCUGACUUCAUAUGCGCUAUGUUAUAUUCAGCGAAACAUGACAAUAAAGACCUAUAUUUUGAUAUUGUAAAGAAAUGUCAAGAAAUUGAGAAAGAACAACAAAAAAGUAAUGUGAAAUGUUCCAUGCUAGUAGAGGAUUCACUAAAGAAGCUUUGCAAUUUAGAAAUAGAAAAUAUUGUAUCAACUUUUGUAAAGUUUGAUGCAGAACCACUCACUUACUGUGUACAGCCUUUAUUAGCAAUUCAAAAUACAGUCAAUCCUAGCACGGAAACGUCUACAUAUGUUAGUCAACUACACACGAUUCAAAGACUGAAAAAUUAUUCCAAUGCAAGACUAUAUUGCGAAGUUAUUCGGGCCUGUAUGAUAUGUUUACACGAUGUUAAUGGUUCGUUUAAAGAAUCACAUUGGGGAGGUUUUCUGAUUAUAAAACUUCCACAAAUUCUAAAAGAUCUUCAUACUAGUACAUUGAAUGGAGAAAAUAAAAGCUACGACUUUUCUCAGGAUGUAGUUGAUGCUUUUAAUUUAUUGCUACGAUAUACGCCACUUCUAGACAAAAUGGACAUUAUUUGUGUCGGAAACAGUGUUGAGUGUUUGAUGAACGAGUUGUUGCCAUUGAAGCUAGUUACAGAAGAACAAGUAAAUCAAGUCAGUCGUAAAAGGGAAGUUACAUUGAUAACUUUACAAAAAUUAAAUAUCGACUCAUCUAUUCGAACAAUAAUCGGACGUGCUGAGACGGCGUUUAGUGGUAUAUUAAAAACCCUUAGUGCCGAGUAUACUAAAAUCCAAGAUUCUUUGCUGAGCAUGCUGUGCCAAGUACUAUCGGGAAAUAGUUUAGAGCUUAUGCUGUCUAUAGCUACGGUAGAAGGGAAAAUGAAACUGUUCGUGUCGAAACUAAUAAAAUACAACGAGUUUAGCAAUCAAAUCGGAGAAGUGCCGGAUAAAACUCCCAUAAACCGUCCGCUGCUUUUCGAGAUUACGUUCCUCAUGUUGUGCUCAAUCGUUCAGACUUACGGCCCCGACAUGGUGCUAGAGAAAGGCGGCAAUUCUUUCUUUGAACAAUGGGUGCGCGAGUGCAUGCCGCUGAAAGACAAGCCAAAGUCGCCAUUCAGAAUGCUAAUGAAUGUCGACCAGUCAAAAGUGGACGUGCUCCUGAAUCAAAUCAAAGCUGGUGAACUUGACCAUUCGGUCAGUUGGAGUGUUAUGUGCCACUCUGCUAUGGGUGUCGCCAAAGAUCUCCUUUAUGCCUGGGAAAAUGGAAUGCUCAGUGCAGCCGAGGUCAAGAAGGUCCUCACUGAGUUCAGAAAGUCUUCUUGUUGUCUUCCAGUGUGUGCUGCUGCCUGGCUUUGCACUUACAUGAGUACCACUCAUCAAGAUGCGUUUCUUAAACCUAUGAACAUGAUAUCAGUUCUCAGUAGCGAUGAGAAUAAGGAUAACUUUUCGGAAAGAACGAGUUUGAUGUUCCAAAUCAUACGUAAAAUGCAGUAUGAGACUCAUCCACCACCUCAAUCCAAAUCGAAAGUACUCGCAUCUCAUAGUAUUAUUUCGAAAUAUCCCAUCUUAGAACAGCUACAACAGAUUUGGCAAGGGAUUCAUCAGCGAGGCUGGAUAAAUAUACAGGCCACUAAAUCUCUCGAGUUUUUAUUGAAAACUGGCGAGCCUGUGUGGUUUGUUUCAAAUUUAGUCAAGGAAUUGUUGAAAAUUCAAUAUCAAGAGGAGCUUGAUCGUUCCUUAGAUUUAAUAUUUGCAAUAUUGCAUCUUGAUAUUGAAAAUUGCACGAUAGCUUUAAUAAAGAAUGCAUUGCCACAAUAUUUGUACCAUGCACUGCAGGGAAAGAAACUGAUAGAGCCGCAGUCAUCUGCUCUAGCAAAACUCUGCGUAUAUUGUAUAUUUUCUACAUUAGAACAUACUAAUAAUAAUCCAAAAGAAGUCAACAGUCGGAAACGCAUGCGUAAAGAAGAUCCUGAUGAUAUGGAUUUAGGAAUGCCGCCUACGAAGCUUUUACGAUUAAAUGACGCAACAGAUGCAACUACUUUGUUUAGUUCAAAUUCUCCUCAGGCUCAAGGUACUAUGAACGGACAAAAGUCUAUUGUACUUCGCGAACCCUUGCUUACUGCGUUGGACGUACUGUUUGGAAAUUUCAACUUUUUGGCUGGAAGAAACGGUGAAGUUUCGCAGCACACCCAUUUUAUAUUGCAAUUUCUUCAGUUAACCGUUCAAUGUGGAAAAGAUAGAGCGCGUUUGGUUCUUCAAAAGAUGCCUCAAACAUUGGUUCCAAGUUUACUCAAAGCAUUACCUGAGUUUUUUACGACAGACUUAUUAUUGCAACUACACGACGUUCAAACUGUCUUAGGUCGCAAAGCUAUCGCUCGUGAUUUGUGUAUGUUGCGUAAUAUACAACUCAAGCCGACUAAGUAAUGUAUUAAAAUUUAAUUUUAACAUGUAAUUUCACACAAAACUUAUUACAUAGAUUUUUUUACGUGUAAUAAAACCACCUGAUUUAUAAUAUUUUGUAUAUUUCUUUUUCUAUAAUUACGUACUUUGAAAAAAU